CAUUAAAUAACGUUCGCUAACAAAGCAGCCUAAUUUGUAAUCCAAACAGAACGAAUGGCACUCUGGCCACGGUUUUGGCCGUACAUCCGGCAGCGAUGACGAUUAUUAUUGUUUGCCCUUUUUCCCUUCCGGCAUGCCAAACUGGCCAUGAAUGGGGAAGUAGUAACACGAAUGCGCUGCGCGGAUAAUUGACAAGCCCAGCAGCAGGCCCCCAACGGGUUGGCACGGAUUGCGAUUGGUUUCUGGCCACGUUAGCAACAGUACUAGUGAAGAACUGUGAAAAAGAUCGGAGCAGAUCCUGCAACCUACCCGGAAUCAGGACACUUAAAAACCGGGCGGGUCGUUCAGCGAAUCGCUAUUCCGCGACGAGCAUGUGUCGAUGUUGACGUGGAAUAAACAAACAAACAAACAAAAACAAAACAACCAAAACAGCAUUAAUUAAAACACUCCAUUUAGAGAUUGCGUGAUAGAUGAUUGAUGCUAUGGAUCGGUGUGUGUGUGUGUGUGUGUGUGUGUGUGGUUGCGUAUGUGGGUGUCUAUGUGUGAGAGUGCGUGCUUAUGUGGGCAACAUGAUUGUCGGUGGCCGAGAUUACCAGCGCAGCGCGCGUUCGUUAAGCGAGGGAGAAUGUGUUCGGUCGUCGGUCGAAACCGAUGAGCCGCUUCCUCCUCUCCCUUCCGUUUUGCGGCUCGAAUCCUACUGAAUCUGCGAUCCACGCGUUCCACAGAAUCUCGUCGCAUCUCGCACUCGUACGGCUCUCACGAGUGAACCCUGGGGCCGAACGAUCCGUUUUAGGUGCGCGCUUGGGUCACGUACCGCGCGUAUCAUUCCGUAGGUUUGAAUUGUCCCGGUUGGGGUCUCGCGAUUCAGCAGCAGCGCGGUUCCUCUGCACCACGAUAGGAACACAGAAUGCGGUGUUUACACGCGAUCCCGAUUUGAUGCGGCGAACGUUCCAGCUCGAGGGCCCGUAUCCCCGGCAUCCGUUGCCCGAGUCGUGGACGUACUUUAACCAGAAGUACAACUACCAGCGCGGUAUGCUGUUCAUGGAUGGCGAAGAGUGGCUGCAGGCACGUAAGCUCUUCAACAAACCACUGCUGAAGAACGUGACCUGGAUGGAAGCCCCGAUAGAGCGCGUCUGCGCGGAGAAGGUCGAAGAGAUCAAAGCGAUCUCGGCGCGUCACCGGUCCGGUGCCUUCGACAACAUUGAGCAGUUCCUGUACCGGUGGUCGGUCGAAGUGGUGCUGAGCCUGAUGCUGGGACAAUCGUUCGCCCGCUGCCAGCAGUCGGCCGAGUUUCGCGCCCUGGUGUCGCAAUUCUCCGCCGUCGUGUACGAAAUAUUCCGAUGCAGCUCCGAGCUGAUGAACGUACCACCGGCCCUCGCCGAUCGCAUGAACCUGGCGCCCUGGCAGCAGUUCGAGCAGGUAGUACCUAAAACGAUUAGCCUAGCUUCAUCGAUCAUCCAGUUUGGAAUGCAGCACACCGAACUGAAGGACGGAUUGCUGUACGAGCUGCACGAUCAAAUCGACGAGGAGCUGCUGAGGCGCAUUUUUGUCGAUUUCAUUAUAGCAGCCGGUGAUACGACUUCCUUUGCAACCGUGUGGGCUCUUUAUUCCCUCGCCUCGAACCCGGACGUGCAAGAAGCCGUACGCCACAGCAUCGAGCAAUCGGGCGGUCUUAGCUCGGUCGCCGUCAACGGUGUGGUACGGGAAACGUUACGAUUGUACCCGGUUGCGCCCUUCGUGGGACGGUUCGCUGAGGCGGAUGCCCCGUUCGGUGGUUACCAUCUGCCCAAAGAUACGCUGGUACUGCUGUCGCUGUACAGUGCCGGGCGGGAUGAGCGCUUCUUUAGCGCUCCGGACGACUUCAAUCCCUACCGAUGGCAACGAUCCAGUGGCAGCGAGCAAUCGGUCUCGUCGGCACCGCUGGCCACACCAUCCGCCUCACUGCCAUUCGCCAUCGGUGCACGGUCUUGUGUUGGCCGUAAGAUCGCACUACUCCAGAUGGAGUACCUGUUGUCAAUGUUGCUGACGGAGUUUCGGCUGGAGCUGGACGGGCCAAACCAUCCACCGGUACGCCCGGUCCUGAAACUCAUCACCGUACCUGACCACCAGGUCAACAUUGCCUUCAAGCCUCUUCGGGAUCGUCGUGCAUAACGUCG